CUAGAAGUCUUUCUCAAAUGGCUCAACUCUUCGAACAUCAAUAAUGCGUAUGUCUCAGGAAUGAAGGAAGAACUCCACCUAUAUGGAAACCAAUAUUCCCUGUUUGGGACCUUCUAUAACUGCGGCUAUCGUGUAUUUCAAAUUCCGUCGCUUCUGCUGCUCUCUAGGCCGAAGAUUGCGCGGUGGUAUCUGCCGACAAUGGAAGUUCUGUGGUCCAUCGUCACCUUCUGCCAAUCGCAAAUGAGGAAUGAGCAUGAUAUCUAUGGAACAAGAUUCUUGCUUGGCCUUCUAGAGACACCUGUCGCUUCUGGCACGACAUAUGUGCUCGGCUCUUGAUACAAGCUUGGAGAAGUCUUUAAACGAACUGGGGUUUGGUUUAUCUCGAACAAUGUGGCUGUGAUGUUUGGAUGCUAUCUACAGGCUGCUGCAUACAAGAAUCUCAAUGGAGAGGGAGGCAUGGCCGGCUGGAGAUGGCUGUUCGUCAUAGACGGAGUUAUAUCCCUACCAAUGCGUUUGCCGGGUACUUCCUCUUCCCUGGGUUGCCAUCUAGUAAGAAACCCUUGUGGUUGACGGAGCAAAAGCACGAUCUGGCGCGCAUACGUCUGCUUGGAGCCGGUAUUGCUCCUAGCAAGAAACUCCAUCUUGGAGCCGUUAAGCGAAUCUUCAAGAGAUGGCACUUUUACGUGGCUGUCUUUGCAUACAUUUUCUUCCUCUCAUCAUCAUAUCCUCAUGGACAGAAGGCACUCUGGCUUAAAGAUCAAGCCAGCAAAUACGGCAACUACACUGUGCCUCAGAUAAAUACAAUUCCUACCGGAGCACAAGGUGUUUCAGUGGUAACAGCUGUGGUUGCGACAUCGCUAUGCAUGGUAUAUCCAUUAUGGUCGAUUUUCUCGAUUGUACAAAGCAUCUACAUGUCUGCAAUUGUAUGCUUGCUGAUAUGGAACAUUCCCGUGGGACUUCAUUUUGCUUGCUACUAUCUGCUGGGCGUAUCAGCUGCUAUAACACCCAUUCUCCUACCUUGGGUUAAUGUGGUUAUGAAGGACGAUGCUGAGGCGAGAGCAGCAACAAUUGGAGCA